CAUCGUCUAACGGCCAUCGUUUUAAGGUCCUUUGAGUCUAUCGUUGACAAACCGUUGAAGGUUCGAGCAACCUGUCAAAACACGUAAGCAAGCGGAGUCCUUGUCAACUCAGCAAUUAACAGCUUGGCCCGCCGCCCUUUGCACCUUCGACUCCGAUUCUUUCGCUCAAGUCUCUUCUAAAAAUGCAGGCGAUCGCCGCCUCAAGCGGGAAGCAGAAAGAUUUGCUACCGACUGGGACCAGGGGCAGGUCCUGGCAGUCGGGGGCAUCGUAUAUUCCACGGCAAAGCGAUGACAGCCCAUUAGGCACCUUUGAGACGUUGGAGUCGACAUUCAUAAGGAGUUCCCACCGGGAACCACCAGACCCCGAUAUCCUAUCUCGCAAGAACAAGCGAGCAAAACGUCUCACAGAGGAUGGCACCAAAGGUGGUAUCAGGGUUCCCCCUUUGCCAGACCGAACUGCAAAUAUCUCGCCAACGAGGCAAGAUAAGAGCGGAAAGAAGGACCGCGAGUCCUUCCGGACGACGCUAGUCAACAUGGUGAUGCAGAAGGCCAAUGAGGCCCUUGCGGUCUCACGAUCGAUGGGUGAUGAUCUCGAUGAGGACGGGCCACCAGGGGGCCUGCAAGAGAAGGAUACCAUGCAACGGUACUACUACUACAUCACCAACGGCAUCGAUACGCACCAUGUAGCCGAAAUGGAAGACCAAUGGCUGGAAAACGUGCUCCGCCUCCUACCCGACGAACUCAAAGUCUUCCACCAAAUGACCCUCGACACCCUUUCCGCCGAGAUGCGCGAAGACUACCACAUGUCGGUCAAGAAGGCCAUCGUUGACUUUGUCCUCAAAGAUCCCCGCGAGAAGGUCGAGUUUGCUGCCGACACCGCGCACGUCAGCCAAGAGAAUUUUGUAAACAUCCGCAAAUCGACGCCGUCCUGGCAGAGUGCGUAUACACAAGCACAGCAGCUCAUCUUCAAGAACUUGUUCUAUGUCAACCCCACGAUCGUGGAGACGCAGGAGCUCUGGCAUAAAUUUGAGAACUUGCGGAUGUUUGAUUUAGAGAGUGUGCUGGGAAAGGGCGUAGCUUAUGAGUUGAAAGCUUUCAAGACGCUCAUGACCCAGCGGAUGGAGAAGGCUUAUGAGAAGCUUUUGACAAGCUGGUACCCAGCGAUGCUGAACGUGUUCUAUCAAAACACGAAACGGGACGAAUGGUCGGCAAUAAGCUCCGAGAAGAUUGAAGUAUUCUUCCGAACCGUUUCGUUCAUCCUCGCAAAUCAGCUGAGGCUCAUCAUCCAAGGCUCCGUGGACGACUUUGUCUCGCUUUUCGAUAGCGACAUCACUGUGGCAAACUCUGCGUCGGGAGCACAAUCAAAGGGACGCACAGGCCCAGACAAUGCAACCCAGUCCGUCACUUUUGUUCUUAAGCUUGUCCUCGAUGACACGAAAAUCACCUUCGAACCAAGUCUUCGCGACUUCCUUACUACCAUCGAUGGACUCUUCGAUGCUUUAUUGGUCGCAGCCGAUAGGGUCCCAAAAAUCGAGACUCAGUUGUUCUCUACGGGGCAGACAGUGACGAGCACCCGCGCUGGUAUCAUGAACCUGAAGCCCGAGCAAUGCAUUCGUGUGGCAUUCGCCGAGACGUUUCCAAACGUCGUCGCAAUGGCGCGGGCAAAGUUGAGCGACACCAUCACGAAGCGGUUCUCGACGCCACAGUCCUACAUUCAGGAAUACGAUAAGCAUCGGGGACUCAUCACAAAAGCUGCUGCGCAGGAGGUGAACGCUUUUUUGGCGAGCGAGCCAACGUCCGAGCAAAUGAUGCAGGAAGUGAAACGCUAUCGGGAAACAGCGUCCGCCAAAAUCCACAGCGCAUAUCCAUUCACCGUUCAGUUCCCCAUCUUCGAACUCCAAUGCAAUGACUUCAUCAACAGCUUGUCGGAGCGCGCGUUUGAUCUCAGCAGCAUCAUUUUGAACAACUUGGGCGUUUUAUUCAGGGAAGAUUGCAAUAAGAUCACUGCGUCGUUCGAGAAGAUUUCGAAGACGAUGCUGACGCCACCGACAAACGUGGAGGAGAUGGUUGGCCUGCAGAAGUUCAUUGAUACUACGAGGACCGUCACUAUGCGGACUUUGGAGGAUCAGGUGGAUGAGGCCAAGAAGAGGCUCAAUUUCAUGCUCAUAUAUUCGAACCUGACGGUAGAGGACUAUGAUCAGAACACCGAGCUCUUCACCUGGCCCUCGAAAAUGGCGCCAACCUUCGCCGACGCCGAAACUCUCUUAACCGCAUCUCGCACAUCCAACCAAGAAGAGCUGAAGGCGAGGCGCGAAAAACUCUUGGGAGAGCUCGACGGUUAUGCGAAGCAGAUUGAGGAGUAUCACUCUUUCGGGAAUUACGAGGAGAUCACCAAAUACUUCAAAGCCGCUCAAAAGCUCCAGGCCAGACUGGACUCCAUCGCUGAGCGCAUUAUGGUGUUCAAUAGAGAGGAGGAGAUGUUCGGAUGGGAGACCACAAAGUUCCUGGCGCUGAACGCUACCAUGGACUCGCUGGCGCCAUUCUUGACAUUAUACCAGACGUCUGUCGACUUCCAGCGCUGCUACCACAGCUGGAUGACGGGUCCUUUCCUCAAAUUGGACCCGGAGGUUGUUGAGGCGGAAGUAACAACGAUGCGGCGGAAUAUCUUCAAAUUGUGUAUCCAGUUCGAGAACGACCCUGCACCUUUGGAGAUUGCUGAAAUUACCAAGGAGAACAUCGAACGGUUCCAGAUUUCUCUGCCACUCAUCAGCACGCUGUGUAAUCCUGGCUUACGGGAACGGCACUGGAAGGAAAUCAGUCAAGUCGUUGGAUUCAGAUUUCAGCCCGACGAGUCAACAAGUCUAUCUGGAGUAUUGGAACGGAACUUGGCGGAGUUCAUGACCAACUUGGAGCAGAUAAGCGGCGUCGCGACAAAAGAAUACUCUUUCGAGAAGGCAUUGCAGAAAAUGUACACGGAAUGGCAGGAUGUCGAAUUCGGCACCGUGGAGUAUCGGGAUACCGGAACACAUAUUCUAUCUUCGUUAGAUGACAUUCAAUCCUUGUUUGACGACCACAUUGUCAAAACGCAAACGAUGCGAAGUUCGCCCUUCAUCAAAGCUUUCGACGAAGAGACAAGGGCCUGGGAGGAGCGUCUCCUCACUAUGCAGGAAAUUGCGGAUGAGUGGCUGAAAGUUCAGGCCACCUGGCUGUAUCUGGAGCCGAUCUUCUCAUCUGAAGACAUUAUGCGGCAGAUGCCUACGGAAGGAAAACGAUUCGUGUCCGUGAACAAGACCUGGAAAGACAUCAUGGUGUAUACCAAUCAGGAUCGCCAUGUCCUACGCGUUUGCUCCAUGCCCGAUCUGCUGCAAAAGCUGAAGGAGAGCAACAUAGAGCUCGAGCUGAUUCAGAAGGGUCUCAAUCAGUACCUCGAGGUGAAGCGAUUGUACUUCCCUCGAUUUUUCUUCCUGUCGAAUGACGAAAUGCUCGAGAUCUUGUCGGAGACUCGGGACCCUAAGCGUGUCCAGCCACAUCUCAAGAAAUGCUUCGAAGGUGUCAACAGUCUCGAGUUCGAUGAAGAGGUCGAAAUUCUCGGAAUGUACAGUAGUCAGAAAGAGUACAUCAAGUUCAACAACCCAAUCUCCACCGCCGCAGCGGCAGGUGCUGUGGAGCGGUGGUUGUUGGAUGUCGAGAAGGCUAUGUUGGCCAGCAUGCGAACCGUCACAGCUGCUGCUUUCGACGAUUACAAGGUGACGCCACGAGAACAGUGGGUGCUAAAUUGGCCAGGGCAGGUCGUCUUGGGAGUCAGUCAGAUUUUCUGGACAAAGGAGGUCGAAUUCGCCAUUCUCGAAGGUCGAAAAGACGGUCUUGCGAAAUAUGCCGACCAGAACACCGAAAGGCUUUCGAAAGUCGUUGAGCUGGUCAGAGGAGACCUCUCCAGGCUCUCGCGAACAACCCUUGAAGCUCUAGUCGUCAUUGAUGUUCAUGCUCGCGAUGUCGUCACGACUUUGGAUGAGAAGAAGGUCUCUAGUACGGCGGAUUUCGAGUGGCUGAGUCAACUGCGAUACUACUUCCCCGACAAGGAAACGGGGCUCAUAGUCAAGAUGAUCAACUCCGUUCAGAAAUACGGGUACGAGUACCUGGGCAACACUGCGAGGUUGGUCAUUACGCCUUUGACCGAUCGUUGCUAUCGAACGCUGUUCGGAGCGCUGCAAUUGAACUUGGGCGGAGCUCCGGAAGGCCCUGCUGGGACUGGGAAAACGGAGACCGUGAAAGAUCUUGCGAAAGCUCUCGCCAUGUUUUGUGUCGUGUACAACUGUUCUGAUGGUCUGGACUACAUCGCGAUGGGGAAAUUCUUCAAGGGACUCGCAUCAGCUGGCGCUUGGGCUUGCUUCGACGAAUUCAAUCGCAUUGACUUGGAAGUGUUGUCUGUGGUGGCGCAACAGAUUCUGACAAUCCAGCGUGCAAAAGCGGCCAAGCUGGAAAUCUUUACAUUCGAAGGAACCGAGCUGAAUCUCAACCCCGUCUGCAACUCGUUCAUCACUAUGAACCCGGGGUACGCAGGACGGAGUGAACUGCCCGAUAACUUGAAAGCUCUGUUCCGACCGGUAGCCAUGAUGGUACCUGACUACACGCUGAUUGCGGAAAUCAGUUUGUACAGUUUCGGGUUCGUCAACGCACGAGGUUUAGCUGUCAAGAUUACGGCCACCUAUCGACUCUGUUCCGAGCAGCUCAGUUCGCAAGAUCACUACGAUUACGGCAUGAGAGCCGUGAAAUCGGUCUUGAACGCCUGCGGAGCGCUGAAGUUGAAGUAUCCAGAUGAGAACGAGAACAUUAUCGUUUUGCGAUCCAUCAUCGAUGUGAACCUCGCAAAAUUCUUGGCUCAAGACAUUCCACUAUUCCGCGGCAUCACAGCAGAUUUGUUCCCUGGGGUCACAUUACCUACUCCAGACUACGAGCGUUUGAUCAAGGCAAUUGGGUCUACCUGCGUCAAAUCCAAUCUCCAGCUUGUGCCAGCAUUCUUGGAGAAGAUACUGCAAGUUUACGAAAUGAUGUUGGUUCGACACGGUUUCAUGUUGGUGGGAGAGUCUUAUUCGGGCAAGACCGCGGCCUAUCGUGUCCUGCAGGGUGCGUUGACGGAGAUCAACAAAGACUACCCGGAUGCUGAAGCCAAAGUCGUCACCUGCAUCCUCAAUCCGAAGUCGAUCACAAUGGGUCAACUCUAUGGGCAGUUCGACCCGGUGACACAUGAGUGGUCAGAUGGCAUUCUCGCCAUUGGCUUCAGGAACUUUGCUUCGAAUCCUAGUCCUGAGCGAAAAUGGCUGAUUUUCGAUGGUCCCGUUGACGCAGUCUGGAUUGAAAACAUGAACACCGUUUUGGAUGACAAUAAGAAGCUAUGCUUGAACAGCGGGGAAAUCAUUCAGCUCUCGUCUACGAUGAGUAUGAUCUUCGAAGUUCGAGACUUAGCUGUAGCCUCCCCAGCCACCGUCAGUCGUUGCGGAAUGAUCUUCAUGGAGCCUGAGCGGCUUGGGUGGCGCGACACACUCUUCGUGUCAUGGCUCAACACCUCGGUCCUCUCCGAGGAGCAAAAGAAGACACUGACGGGAGCCGUGGAUUGGCUUGCUUCUCCAAGCAUGUUCUUCGUACGGAGGAAUUGCGUUGAACUAUCAGAAACCGGGGAUAGCAAUAUGAUGGCAUCGCUACUCAACAUUUUCGAAAGUCUCGUGGAUGAUUUCAGCAAAGAUACUACUACCCCUGGAGAGCUUACCGGUGCGAUGAUACAAAAUUUGUUUGUCUUCGCCUUGAUCUGGUCGGUGGGAGCCAGUGUGGAUGAAAGCGGGCGAUCGAAGUUUUCGGCAAAUCUCCGCAACUUGUUGGGAACCGCACCACCAAGGGAUUUCCCGAACGCUAUCAAACUCCCCGAAGGAUCGGUGUACGAUUUUAUGUACGAUAAACGGGACGGUGGUGCCUGGCGACCAUGGGUGGAAACCAUCGCCACGAAUUGGACGAUACCUGCGAAGGUGAAAGUGGACAACAUCUUAGUACCGACAGUGGACACGGCACGGUACGGGUUCCUGCUGUCUCUACUUGUGCGCCAUCAGAAGCACGUCCUCUUCGUGGGUCCUACGGGUACCGGCAAGUCGAUGUAUAUCCGAGAUGGGUUGAUGAACAAGCUUGCGAAGGACGUCUUCGUUCCAAACUUUAUCAACUUCUCUGCCCAAACGACGGCCAACCAAACUCAGGAAAUCAUCGAGUCAAAAUUGGACAAAAGGCGAAAGGGGGUCUUUGGUCCUCCUAUGGGCAAGCGGGCGGUAUUUUUCGUUGAUGAUCUGAACAUGCCGGCUCGCGAAGUAUACGGAGCACAACCACCCAUAGAGCUAUUGAGGCAGUGGAUGGACCAUGAGGGAUGGUAUAGCGACAACACUUUCCUGAAGUUUGAAGGGAUCCAGUUUGUUGGUGCAAUGGGACCUCCUGGGGGCGGGAGAAACCCAGUGACAUCAAGAUUCUUGCGGCACUUCAAUACCAUCACGAUCGCAGCCUUCGACGACCCCACGUUGCAAAGAAUAUUUGAAACGAUUCUUGAAUGGCAUUUAACCUCGAACAACUUUCCGAAAGAGAUUGCGGAGUUGACGAAGCCUAUCAUUGAGGGAACAAGGCAGAUCUACAGAGGCGCAAUGUUGAAUCUGUUACCUACGCCCAAGAAGUCGCACUACACCUUCAACCUUCGAGAUUUCGCUCGUAUUGUACAAGGUGUACUGUUGUCGAGACCUGAUACUAUCACGGACAAACCCAAAAUGGUGCGGCUAUGGCUUCACGAGGCAUACAGGGUUAUCUAUGAUCGGCUCAUCGACGACGAGGAUAGGAGUUGGUUCUUCAAUUAUGCCAAAACCCAAGUGUUGAAGGAUGCUUUCAAGAUGGACUUCGAGCAGGUCUUCGAGACUUACGAUAGUAACAAAGACGGAAAGGUCGAACUUGACGAUUUAAGAAGUUUGAUCUUCGGCACAUAUUUGUCACCACGGGAUGCCACAGGCCGAGCUUAUGAUGAAAUCAGCGACCUUGGUCAACUGACCGAGUUCAUGGAGAAAAGCCUCGCCGAAUACAAUCUUGUUAGCAAGAAGCCAAUGAACCUGGUGAUGUUCCGAUUUGCUAUUGAGCACCUAUCUCGCAUCAGCCGAGUCUUGCAACAACCCCGUGGGAACAUUCUCCUGGUUGGGGUCGGGGGCAGCGGGAGGCAAAGUCUGACACGUAUGGCAGCAUACUUGGCCGAGUACGAUGUCUUCCAGGUGGAGAUUUCGAAGAACUACAACGUGCAAGCGUGGCAUGAUGAUUUGAAGAAAGUCUUUAAGUCGGCCGGCGGGCUAGGCAAACCGACCAUCUUCCUGUUCAGCGACACUCAAUGUCAGGAUGAAUCGUUUUUGGAAGAUAUCAACAACAUGUUGAACGCUGGUGAGGUGCCCAAUCUCUUUGCGACGGACGAAAAGCAGGAGCUUUUCGACUUGAUGCGAUCGGACACUCGAGGCGGUGGGGGUCGUGGAACAGAUUCAUCACCAGCAGCCAUGUUCCAGUGGUUCUUGGAAAGAUGCAGAGAAAAUCUGCAUAUCUGCUUGUGCAUGUCCCCGGUUGGAGACGCCUUCCGUAAUAGGCUGAGGAAAUUCCCCUCGCUCAUCAACUGUUGCACUAUUGACUGGUUCUCGGACUGGCCUGACGAUGCUCUUGGGGCAGUGGCAAACAAAUUCCUUGCGGAUGUCGAGAUGGAAGACCACGUGCGAGUGAGCGUGGUGCAGAUGUGCAAGUACUUCCACGAGAGCACCAAAGCUCAGUCUGGCAAAUUCUUGAGCAUCUUCAAACGACAUAACUAUGUUACGGCGACAUCGUUCAUCAUGCUCAUCAAGACAUUCAUGGACCUUUUGGCCCUGAAGCGGGCGUCGGUGUCAAAACUACGAGAUCGAUACGUAAAUGGUCUUGAGAAACUGGCAUAUGCGCAGGGUGCAGUUUCCAAGAUGCAAGUGGACCUUGGAGAACUGCAGCCGCAGCUUGUUAAGACCCAGGCAGAAACCGAUGUUAUCAUGCUUCAGAUCGAGAAGGAAUCGGUCGAAGUGACGCAAGUGAAAACGGUCGUCAAGGCUGACGAAGAAGUCGCGACAAAGAAAGCCAAUGAAGCUACGGCAAUUAAGGAAGAUUGCGAGGCUCAACUGGCAGAAGCAGUUCCAGCUUUGGAGUCGGCUUUAGCGGCGCUGGACACUUUAAAAAAAGCGGACGUGGAUUUGCUGAAAACUAUGAAAUCUCCUCCUGCCGGUGUCAAGUUCGUUAUGGAAGCCGUCUGCGUGAUGAAAGACGUGAAACCGGUCAAAGUUGCGGAUGCGAGUGGCAAAAAAGAGGAGAGUUACUGGGCUCCAGCACAAAAGAUGCUGGGCGACAGUUCCUUCUUGGCGAGUUUGAAAUCGUACGAUAAGGAUAACAUCGAUCCUAAAAUCAUGAAGGUCAUUCGCUCCAAAUUCAUCGAAAAUCCGGAGUUCGACCCCGAGAAGGUGGCGAAAGCUUCUUCGGCUGCCGAAGGUCUUUGUCGUUGGGUCAGGGCUAUGGAACUGUACGAUAGGGUAGCGAAAGUCGUCGCACCGAAGCGAGAAGCUCUCGCCAAGGCAGAGGGAGAGGUCGCCGAAGUCAUGGGCAAGUUGAAAGAGAAGCGAGACGCUCUGAAGGCCGUUGAGGACCGUAUGGCAGCUUUGGAGAACAACUUCAAAGCAAUGACGGAUAAGAAAGACGCUUUGGAGAAGCAGGUCGUAUCAGUUUCCAACCAGUUGAUUCGAGCAGAAAAGCUGAUUGGGUCGUUGGGUGACGAAAAAGAUCGUUGGACGCAGACUGCUCACGACCUGCAAAAGCAGUAUAUUGCCUUAACUGGAGAUGUUCUCGUAGCUAGCGGAAUGGUCGCCUACCUUGGGGCAUUUACGAAAGCUUAUCGCGACGAAUGUGUUCUGGAUUGGACGAAAGCUUGCAAGGAGAAGAAUAUACCGUGUUCGGAAUCAGAUGAUAUCAAACUGGCGAACGUUCUUGGGGAUCCUAUUCAGAUCAGAGAAUGGACACUCUGCGGACUCCCUAAAGAUUCUUUCUCGAUUGACAACGGGAUUAUGAUUCAAAACGCACAUCGUUGGCCAUUGAUGAUCGAUCCGCAAGGGCAAGCGAAUCGGUGGAUCAAAAACAAAGAGAAAGCGAAGAACUUGCAAGUAAUCAAGCUCACCGACUCGGAUUACAUCCGAACGCUCGAAAACGCCAUACAGUUUGGAACUCCCGUUCUAUUGGAAAAUGUUCUUGAGGAAAUCGAUCCUGUUCUCGAACCCCUACUUCUCAAACAAACAUUCCGUCAAGGAGGUGUGGUAUGCAUCCGUCUCGGUGACAGCACCGUAGAGUACUCGCCAGAGUUCCGAUUCUACAUAACAACGAAGUUGCGAAAUCCACACUACCUGCCGGAACUCUCUACGAAGGUAACUUUGCUGAACUUCAUGAUUACUCCUGAGGGGCUGGAGGAUCAAUUGCUCGGUAUUGUAAUCGCCAAAGAAAGACCGGAACUGGAGGAAAUGAAAGCGCAGCUUGUUAUUCAAAGUGCUGAAAAUAAGAAGCAGCUGCAAGCUGCUGAAUCGAAGAUUCUGGAAGUCCUCUCAUCGUCCGAGGGCAACAUCUUGGAAGAUGAAACCGGGAUCCAAAUUUUGUCUUCGUCAAAAGCAUUGGCCGUAACGAUCAACGAAAAGCAAGUGGCGGCGGAGGCAACCGAGAAGACGAUUGAUGAGAUUCGUGUGGGAUACAAGCCAAUAGCUGGUUAUUCAUCCUUGCUGUUCUUUUGCAUUGCGGAUCUUGCAAAUAUCGAACCCAUGUACCAGUACAGCUUGACCUGGUAUAUCAAUCUCUUCGUCACAUCGAUAGAAACAAGCGAGAAAUCUUCCGAUGUUGAACAACGGUUGACAACGUUACGAAUUCAUUUUACGGAGGCUCUCUACCGAAACGUUUGUCGAUCGCUGUUCGAAAAAGAUAAGCUUGUGUUCUCCUUCCUCUUGACUGUGGCGAUUCUGAGAGGUCGGGGAGAAGUGAAUGGAGACGAAUGGAGAUUCUUGCUUACCGGUGGAAUGGGCAUCACUGGCAGUAAAACUCCCAAACCGGACACACCAUGGCUUGGUGAGAGGUCAUGGAACGAAAUAUGCCGCUUGUCAUCCUUACCUCCUUUCCAAGGAUUCGACGUCGAUUUUGUUUCUAACAUUGACGAGUGGAAACGAUUGUUUGAUAGCCCAACGCCGCAGACUAUUCCUCCUCCUGGGAAGUGGAAGGAUACCUUGGAUGCGUUCCAAAAGCUGUGUAUUCUAAGAGCACUGCGCCCGGAUAAAAUGAUAGCCGCCAUUACAGUGUUCAUUAUCGAGAAGAUGGGCAACAAGUUCGUGGAACCCCCGCCUUUUGAUCUUGCUAGUAGCUACCAAGAUUCAAAUACUACGUCUCCGUUAAUCUUCGUGCUGUCACCUGGAGCGGACCCGAUGACCAGCUUGCUGAAGUUUGCGGACGAGAAGAAGAUGGGAGGCUCGCGACUCAACUCUAUUUCGCUGGGUCAGGGACAGGGACCCAUUGCAGCGAAGAUGAUCGCGGCAGGGGUACAAGGCGGAACUUGGGUAGUUUUACAAAACUGCCAUCUUGCCAUCAGCUGGAUGGCUAGUCUGGAAAAGAUCUGCGAAGAGCUUGCGCCAGAGACGACUCAUCGCGACUUCCGGUUGUGGCUCACCUCGUAUCCGAGCGAUAAGUUCCCGGUGACGCUGUUGCAAAACGGUGUGAAGAUGACAAACGAGCCUCCUGCAGGGCUACGGGCGAACUUGACGAAAUCGUACAACGGCGACCCCUUGAAUGACAAAACGUUUUACGAAGGAUCACCAAAGCAGGCCGUCUUUGAGAAGAUGCUUUUCGGGUUAUGUUUCUUUCACGCAAUCAUUCAGGAACGAAGGCAGUUUGGACCCAUCGGCUGGAACAUUCCUUACGAGUUCAAUGACACGGAUCUGCGCAUUUCUGCACGCCAGCUGCGAAACUUUCUGAGCGAGUAUGACACCGUUCCAUACGAUGCUUUGUCAUACCUGACGGGUCAAUGCAAUUACGGUGGGCGCGUGACGGACGACAAAGAUCGUCGUUGCCUGAUGACGUUACUCGACUUGUUCUAUACGCCGCAGAUUGAGAAAGACAAAUACAGUUUCUCGCCUAGUGGUAAAUAUCACGUUCCGGACAGCACCAGUUACUCGGGAGUUCUUGAGUACGUGAAGACCCUGCCUUUGGAAACACGCCCCGAGGUCUUCCACUUGCACGAGAACGCUGACAUCACCAAGAGUCAGCUCGACACGGACAAUUUCUUUCGAUCCAUUAUGUUGACGCAAGGCAACACGGCAUCUUCAGGGUCCAGAUCCACCGAGCAAAUCGUGUCGGAGGUCGCUUCGGAUAUGUUAGCUCGGUUACCGGAGGCAUUUGACCUCCACGAAGUCAGUACAAAGUAUCCGGUGACAUACAGCGAAAGCAUGAAUACCGUUCUGCUUCAGGAAGUCAUCAGAUUCCGAAAUCUGUCGGAGGUCGUUCGAGGGAGUCUGAAGAAUAUCCAAAAAGCCAUCAAGGGUCUUGUCGUUAUGUCUGGCGAUCUGGAGGACGUGCUGCAGAGUAUUUUGGUCGGGACGAUACCAAAGAUGUGGGCUGGAAAAUCCUACCCGUCGAUCAAGCCCUUGCCGUCGUACUUCAAUGACCUGCUCCAACGAUUGGCGUUCUUCCGUACCUGGAUCGACAAGGGGCAGCCGAUCGUCUUCUGGCUUAGUGGCUUUUUCUUCACGCAGAGCUUCCUCACCGGAUGUCUACAAAAUUACGCGCGAAAGUACACCAUUCCUAUCGAUCUUCUCGGGCUGGAGUUUCAAGUGCAGGCGACACGGAGCGCUGGUGUACGACCAGAAGAAGGGGCUUACAUCAACGGGCUCUUCUUGGAAGGAGCUCGAUGGGACAUUCAGGAAAACUCGAUUGUUGAGAGCUUCCCGCGAGUGCUUUACGAUUCAAUGCCAAUCAUUUGGCUGAAACCCGGGGAACGAAGUAAAUUCCAGACGAACAACACGUACGAUUGCCCGGUAUACAAAACGAGUGCUCGACGUGGUACACUCUCCACUACCGGACACAGCACAAACUAUGUUAUGUCUAUGCGGCUGUUGACUAAGGAUCCCGAAGAUCAAUGGGUCAGGAGAGGCGUGUGUGGACUGCUGCAGUUGAACGAUUAG